UGGUUGACAUGAUGCUGAGAAUGCGGCGCGAGCUGGGGGGCAGGGAACCUCAGAUAACCCCCCAAAUAGACAACCUCCUGAUACUGGACCGAAAUGUUGACCUCUUGACCCCACUCCUAUCCCAGCUGACCUAUGAUGGAUUGAUUGAUGAAAUAUUUGGAAUCAAUAAUACUAGUGUCAAGUUACCCCCCGAGAAGUUUAUGUCCAGCAGUCAGGCCCCAGAGGAAGCCCCCACGGAGAAGAAAAAGAUCAUUCUGAACUCCUCGGACGAGCUAUAUGGAGAACUCCGAGAUAAAAACUUCAAUGCUGUAGGGAGCCUAGUCAGCAAGAAAGCCAAAACCAUCACUGCAGAGUUUGAUGAAAGGCAUGCUGCCAAAACAGUGAGUGAGAUGAAGCAUUUUGUUUCCAAACUUCCCCACCUUCAACAGAUCAGACAGUCACUGUCCAUACAUACAUCCAUAGCUGAACUGAUUAAAGAACACACAGACACAGAAGAGUUUAUGGAUUCUCUCAGGUGUCAACAAGAGUUUAUCAAUGGACUGGAGACAGACAAGGCCCAUCCCUAUGUGGAGGACUGUAUCGGGAAAAUGGAACCUUUAGAUAAGGUUUUGAGGUUGAUGUGCAUCCAGUCCUACUGCAAUAAUGGUUUAAAACCUAAAGUUCUAGAUUAUUACAAACGAGAAAUUAUACAGACUUAUGGAUUUGAGCAUUUUGUAACUCUUAUGAACCUAGAGAAAGUCGGCCUCCUGCGGCAACAUGGACAGAGAAAUUACCCUACCAUACGUAAAUCUCUGAGACUGAUUGUAGAGGAGGUCAAUGAACAGAACCCUAAUGAUAUAUCCUAUGUGUACAGUGGUUACGCCCCCCUGUCUAUCAGGCUGGCCCAGUACAAUGCCCGCCCGGGCUGGAGGAGUAUCACAGAGGUCCUUAAUCUUCUGCCCGGCCCCACUAUCGAGGAAAUCCAGCAAAUCCCUGUAGCCCUCAGAAAGAGACGUUCCUCCAUUACUUCCUCACAUUCCAGUGUGAUGGACCAGAAGGUGACUUUAGUGGUAUUCCUGGGAGGGGUCACCUUUGCAGAAAUUGCUGCUCUUAGGUUUCUGGCUCAGCAGGAUGAUGGAGGUACAGACUAUGUGAUAGCCACUUCUAAAAUAAUAACUGGUACUUCAUUACUUGAUUCUGUGAUGGAGAAGUGUUCACCUGUACAUUUAAAUCCAUUCUAACAGCAGUUGUUUGAAGUGGGGCCAAAAGUGCAAUAUUCUUGACUAUUUUUACAAGAUUCGGAGUGCAUGUACUAUGAAAGACUGCAGAAAGCAUUUAUAAUAUAUCAAAUAACAGAUUGUAAAUAUUUAAUAAAUUAGUAUAGUUGUUAA